GGGCUAUUCAAUUGUGGUUGAGUUCGCGGCGCGCGCGCACUUUCGCGGGAAGCUCAAGUUUUCGCUUUCAUUUGGUGAAAUGAGACGUGCACGUGAAAUGGGCUUCGUAAAAAUCGUGUAAAAAUGCUGAAUUACGCCGUCGCGAAAUAUAGGUGACGACUUCAGAACGGCAAAUUGUUGCCGGCAAAAGCAAGAUUUAGACAAUUAUUGAAUUCGUUGGCUUAUAGUGCAGUGUAGUGACUUUAACAAGUGUAGUGAGUUAUCGAAAAUGUCGGGUUUUGUGAAAAUCGCCCUCGACGACUACUAUUCGGACAGCAAUUGGACCACCAUUAUUGAAAAAUACUGGUUGGCGGCCGAAAAAGUGUCAGAUCCUCGGGUCCAAGGAUGGUUCCUCUUCGACACGCCCCUCCCCACCCUGGCCAUGGUCAUAGCGUACCUGGCUGUCGUCAUGGUCAUAGGCCCGCUAUGGAUGGAGAACAAGAAACCCUUCAAGCUCAAGAAUACCUUGGUGGCGUAUAAUGCGUUCCAAGUUUUGCUGUCGUCUUACAUGUUUUAUGAGCAUCUAAUGUCGGGAUGGUGGGGCGACUACAGUUUGGCGUGUCAGCCCGUUGACUACAGCGAGAGCGAACAGGCGAGACGGAUGUUGCAUCUAUGCUGGGUGUACUACUUCUCCAAACUGUCCGAGUUCGCCGACACGAUAUUCUUCGUGCUUCGGAAGAAGAAGGGCCAAGUCUCCUGGCUUCACCUGUACCACCACUCGCUCACUCCGUUCGAGGCGUGGCUGCUUGUCAAAUUCAUUGCUGGUGGUCACGGCACGUUCUCCAACAUCGUUAACAACCUGGUCCACAUCAUCAUGUACACGUACUACAUGUGCUCCGCAAUGGGACCACACAUGCAGAAAUAUCUGUGGUGGAAAAAGCAUCUCACCACCGUUCAACUGAUACAGUUCUACAUGGUGCUCUUUCAUUCAAUCAGCGCUCUCUUUUUCGACUGCGGAUAUCCAAGAAUCAUCGCCUUCGGCCUCGUGCUUCACUCCACCAUCUUCAUCGUCCUCUUCACCAACUUCUACAUCCAGGCCUACAAGAAGAAACCCAGACCACCCACCAACAACAAUACCAUCACCAAUGGAUACGCCAAAAACGGCCAUAUUCCAAAUGGCCAGGAAUCUACUAACCAAGAUAUGAACGGCAAAAUUCCCAAUGGCCAGGAGAUGAACGGAAAAAUUACAAAUAGAUUGGAGAUGAACGGCAAAAUUCCAAAUGGCAAUGGUCACAUCAAAAAUGGAUGUCUAAAUGGUGAUGUCAGAGAAAAAGAAAAGGUGCAAUAAGACUUGCAGGUUAAUGGUCGCGUUUUUAUCACAAAAUAA